AUGGUCCCCGUCACUAGCAAAGCACUUGCGAAGAAAUACGGCAACUUCCCGGACGGGAUGGUGGCGAAGAUAUUUUUGGGAGAGGCGAGUCGUACUAGCGAGCCGGAAAUCUUGGACAAGGUUAAGGAGAUCGCAAAGGUGCACAACAUCAUAAAAGAUCAUAUUUCCAAGCUGCUUUGGCACCACACGUUCACGAAUCCCACGUCCGCCAUCCGAGAAGUGCUCGGCGUUCCACAGCCCAUCACAAGCAGUCGCGUGUUCUACAUUCUCGUAUUCCGCAAGCUCCUCCCCAUCACGAAACUUCACAUCAAUGAGCUUUUCGACGUGUGGUAUCAGUGUAUCCUAUGCCACCGUACGCUGUGGAAGGAAGGGGUCUAUCAUCGAGAUGUCAGCCCUGGAAACUUGAUGUGGGUCAUCGGGGGCAACAAGCGCACGGACGUGGUACCGUUCAUGGCGCUCGAUCUUCUCUCCGCAAAGGCCCAACUAGGCGAAGUCAAACACCUAUAUUGCCAUGAUCUGGAGUCAUUUAUGGGGGUCUAUAUCUGGAUUUGCUUGCGUUACAGGACGGGAGUCCUACCAGCGGAAUUACGCCCAUUAGAUGAGUGGAUGAGACUAAAUCCUGUGACAUGCGGCGAGAAGAAAUAUCUUUUCCUAGGCCAUCUGCGAGUUCACUACUCCUCGGACAUUGAUUCACGUAUAUGGGUUUUCCUUGUGGAGUGUGUGGAGGUCCUUCGAGACGAUGUCAACCAUCGAUCUACUCGCCUCGACCAGCUAAUGGCCCGAGGAGCAGCCGAGCAGUCCAACAAUGAGCAAUUGGAAGAUAUCGAUAGUUUUCUACGCAUGUUUCCAGACCUGCCGAACUCACUGAGCUCAGCAGCUCUUCCCAGUGAUUUCUUACUUACACAAUAUUCUAAGCCGGGGUGUACGGAUCACGCUAUAGGGACGGCGCGCGCCCGUUGA